AUGAAUUUGGAAAACAACUUUCAAACAUUUCACGCACUCAAAACACUCCGCUCACAUGGUCUCAGAGGCAUCAAAUUAUUCGACAUCACUGAAUCACUUAUCUCACGCAUCAAAUAUGCAGCUCCUUCCUGGUCUGAUUUUGCUACACAACAACAACUUCAGCAACUACAAUCUCUCAUCCAAAAACUAAUUCGCUUCAACUAUCUACCUGCAUCAUAUCCUACCGUCACUCAGAUAUUCAACGUACUCGAUUCAAGGCUGUUCAAGAUAGUAGAAAAUAACAACAACCACGUCAUCCAUCCUCUACUACCACCAAUUAAAACUACAACACACAACCUUCGUCAGCGCAAACAUAACUAUCAAGUCGCCACUCAAUUAACAUAUCAGGAAAAGACCUUCAUCACCUUCCUGUAUAAGUCUCAAUCUAAAUUAUUUCCUAAGUAUUUAUCAGAUAUAUUAAUUGAACCUAAACGCCCCGGUUCACGAUCGUCUUCUUCUCGCUUUUUCUUAACUCGUGUUAAACACUCUUUUGCCAAAUCUGCUUUUGCUUUUUCUGGUCCUUUUCUCUGGAACUCUCUACCUACUUCUCUGACUACUUCUCCAUCACUUGCGAAGUUCAGAGCGGAUCUCAAGACCCAUCUCUUUUCAAAAUUCAUUAAGGAGCGCUGUUGA